AUGUGUGGCUUUGUUUGUCUCGGAAUUGGAAGUUGGCUGAUGUUGGAUCGGUACGCAGUUGAUAAUCUGGCUGCGGCCACUGAGAAGGUUCAGGGAACAAUUACCGAUGAUGGAUUGCGUGAGCUGGCGUCAAAACCAACAGCUGUCAGGCAAAUUGGAACCUUAUUAAUUAUUGGUGGCGUUAUUGUUAUUGUGGUUUCAUUUUUGGGUUGUUGUGGCGCAGCCAAGGAAUGGAGACCACUGCUGUGUUGCUAUGCAACCUGUCUUAUGGUCAUUUUGGCUACUGAAAUUGCUGCUGCGAUAUAUGCUGCAAUGCACAGUCAUAUGGUAAUUUCAUUCACGAAACAUUAUCAUCAAUAUAUUUUGUUCAUCCAUUUUGUCAGAAUGUAUUGCAAUUAUUGCAAAAACUGGAGAUGCUCUGAAUCGAAAGAAAGCAAUUUUCAGUUUGAAAGAGAUUUCCGACAAAUUUUGAAAGCGUCCUUAAAAUUGUACAAUGGCACAGAUGCAAUGGAGAAGAACAAGGAGGACAAUACAGUUCUCGUGAAAGCUGCUUGGGAUAAAAUUAUGAUUGACAAAUCGUGUUGUGGUGUCGACUCAAAAAUCGGUGACUUCAACGAAAGUGGAUGGUAUCAGUUAACGAAAAAACGACAUCAUUUUCCUCCAGCCUGUUGUCCACCAAACAGGGAUGGCUCACUGAUGGAAUUCUGCCCAAGGAUAUCACGAUAUGGCGAUGAUGAGCUUAUAAUAUUCAUUGUAAUGCAUGCUCUUCUCUUUAGUUCUCUCUUUGCAAGAUUCUAUUGCAAUAUUAAUUGUGUUGUGGUUGGUGUCGUGGUUGAACAAUGCAUUUUGCAGGGAUGUUAUACAAAAAUUCAAGAAUCAGUACAGGAUUUGAGUACGCAUUUUAAGAUUGUUGCAUGGACUGUAUGUAUUAUUGCACUUAUUCAGGUAUUGUUCAUUUGA